UUUUUUUUUUUUUUUUUUUUUUUGCUGGUGCGAUUUUAGAGUUGGGACCCAAACGCAAAUGCGCCAUUCCCCUUUAUGAGACGCCUUCAGAUAUUGGGUUUUUGCUUAUUGUAUCCUGCUCCUUUUAAUCAACACCAAGUCUCGAGUCCAGUCUCCUCCAACUCUUAACUGACAUCGUUUACUUACUUAGAGCCUUGAAUAAAUAAAUCGGGUCGGUCCCAUAAUUGCCACUUCUCCCUAAUUUUCAUCAUCGGCAGUAUAUCCCCCCCUUUGCGUAUUUUCUUUUUCAUCAAACGAGCAACAUCAUCAUGUCGUCGGGUUCAUCUACGUUAGUAGGAUCCUUGCCGACCUCCCAAAGGAAUGACUUGCCUCCUCGGGAGCCGCGUCAAAGGUUCGCCAAUUUUUUACAUCGCAGUAAGAAACAAUGCACAAUUAGUGCCCGGGAUAAAGGCGAUAAGGAUGACGAGAAGACGAAAACUGCACCGUGUGCGGGCUGCAAUGCAAGCUACCCCUUCAAGCUCGUCAGCUCACAAGGUUGGGCUGGAAACCCCCCGUGCGUUUUCGGGCCAGUAGAGGGAUGCUCGCUCCACAACCCCAAGAGGUUGCCCAUCGCGUGGAACCACCACAUUCCCUCGAAUAAAAAGAAACUCGGCAUCCUCGAGUGGUUGUUUGGAUCGAAAACUAUGCCCGAGUACGACGAGGUCCAAGAGAGUGAGCGCAUAUGGUCGACAUUGCACCGGGACACGUCUACCGUUGACCCUCUUAACCCUAUCUAUGCCCCGAUCUGUUACGCGCUGGCGUACUAUCACUUGUACUGGGUCCGAAGUGCGGGGACACUGGAAGCGCAAAUGAGUCGAGCCGCCUCUCUCUCGUGCUGCGGGUUGGUGCCUGGCAACGGAAGAUCGCGGCCCGACUUUUACUAUUUCAACACACCCUGGUGGUACCGAAACAGAUUUCUCUUAAAGCAAGCUGUACGCUUCUCCAUAACGCCGAAGAAGCGAGACCCGGUGUAUAGAUGGGAGCUCCGUCUUCUCGACUGGCGGCGGGAGGUAUGGUCGUUCAAGAUAUGUCCGCACUUUCGGCACCGGUUUCUGGACUACAGCUUCAGGGAAAAACGAGGCCUAUUGAAGGCGUGUAUGAGGUAUCGGACAACCCGGUUAUACGCGCCUCUCGACAAGUCAGUGCUGGAUACAUAUUGGUGCAGCUUGUACGGGCCGAGCAGACGGGCCUUCAACUGUCCGCACUGCAGCACUGACAGUUGUGUCCAGAUUGACUUGGUCGAAGACAAGAUUAUGGUCAAUGUGAUUGUCUGGAAAGACCUCGGCAACGCCAAGACGCCGUUCGAGCCUCAGUGGGUCACGGCGCUCCGUGAGAAGGACUUCCGGUGCAGACGUUCCAAUGAGGCCGUCAAGGGGGGGUAUGUACGAGAGGCCUGCCGCGAGGCAGAGGAAGAGGAGACAAGGGCACGUAGACGGGCGGAGCGAGCGGGCUGUCUAAAUGUGUUAUGAAUUCGAUGCAAAUCGGUGUAUAAGAUGCACUUACCUACUUACUUACUAACUUAACUGCUGCGUUAUAGGAUAGCUUGAAUGAUAUUAGCGAGGGUACACGCCCAUAUAACUCCAAUUAGUUGAUG